CCAAGCCGCUGUUUUGUCCCGCUAAUUAAGUCUUUUGCCAUCGGCACAGAUCACCUGACGCACGCGACACCAAAAUUCGCGGUUGCGCUCUGACGCGUCUCCCACCAUCACCCAGGACUCCCGGCCAAAGCACGGCUUCUCGCCCUUCCUACACACGCACUCCCCCGAUGACACACGAGACCUGGCACCAUGGAUUCAACCGGCUCGGAUGGACCUCCCAGCAAGAAGAGGCGUUUCUUUGCAGAUGCAACGUUGGACACGGGCCAAAACCCGCAAUGGCUCCUGCCGAGAGCCGGCCGGUCGAGCGACAUCAACGACGAUACGCGAGCUCCCACGACUGAUUCUCAGAGUUUCUCCAUUGUCGCAAGCUCUUGUCCUGUGGAACAGCGUCUCCAGAAUUCCUCGGAUCAAGCACAAGGUUCCGUGAGAGACGAGAUCUCCGGUUCCGAACGCAGGGUCGACCCUGUUUUCGACCAGGCGACGUUCGAGAGUUUUGUUGGCAGUCGGGUGAGCCCGGAAAUUAUGGACGCCAUCCGAGAGAAUUGCAGGAACGACAUGGAACGUGCAAUCAACAUGUACCUUGACGGCACGUGGAAGCACCUGAAUAAGAAGGCUCCGGCUCCGACGCCUGGGCCUGGGCCUGGGGCAUCCCGAGCCUCGGCACCGCGCAGUGACCCAGGCCCUGACUCCCGCUUUAUUCGACCCUCCCUCUUGGAAUCAAUGCCGCAGUCGAGGUACAUUGGGGCGUUUGGAGUCGAAGGAUGGGCGACACGGAGCGGGACCGGCCUCCUGAAGCAUGGCGAUGUCGUCAGAAUCGAGCGGCAGAAAACCCAGGGCACCAAGGUCGCUCCGCACAGGGGGCAAGCCAAGCGAGGCGCGACUCUCCCGGAGUCCCGCUUAAGUGCGGCCGCAGCCAAGCGGGUCGACGUGAUCGUUCGCUUCACCGAUGGCAGAGGCAGGGAGAUCGGCCGUCUCGCCAAAGACACGGCGAACUGGGUAUCGACUCUGAUGGACCAAAACAUUUGCAAAUUUGAGGGCACGUGUGUCUAUGCCCCCGAGACGCUCCGCACCAACGACACGGUGUUCCUGCAACUCCGAUGCUCAUUGCUGCGGUCCGCUUUUUCUGGCCGUGGUUCCCAACUCGCCGACAACAGGACAACCAGCCGCUUUGACGAAAAGGAAACCUCCGAGGAGAGAGAUUUGCGAUUGACGCAGGUCGCCAUCGUCAGACUCCUCCAGGAGAUUAACCUUCUCCCUACCAGGGGAAAUGCUGCUGCAGCGAAGACCCAGCGGCAAGGACUUCUCCACGCGGUGGAGGUUGCUGAAACCAAAGACAAUGAGAGAGCCGGCUCUCAGGGACAAGACAAUUCGACUUCGUCUUCUUCGGAUGAAAACGAAGAGGGACAGGAGCUUGAGCAGCACCAACUCGACGCACUUUAUAAGAAAGCCCAAUCAUUCGACUUCAACACGCCCGAAGCAGAACCUGCAGGCACCUUUGCCCUGACCUUGCGGCCAUAUCAGAAGCAAUCGCUGCAUUGGAUGAUGGCAAAAGAAAGGAACGUAUUGAAUGAGGAGCGGGAAGAAUCCAUGCAUCCCUUGUGGGAGGAGUAUGCCUGGCCCACCAAGGACCAUGAUGACAAGGAGCUCCCUGAAGUUGCCGGCCAGCCGACUUUCUACGUCAACCCUUACUCUGGCGAGCUGUCACUGGAGUUUCCCCGCCAGAAGCAGCACUGCCUCGGAGGGAUUCUGGCCGACGAGAUGGGGUUAGGCAAGACCAUUCAGAUGCUAAGUCUGAUCCACACCCACAAAUCCGAUGUUGCAGCCGACGCCCGCCGGUCUAAUCGGCCGCAUAGACUUCCGCGCCUCCCUUCCAUCCCCGGUCGCGACACCGUCACGGAGGCUCCGUGCACCACCCUGGUUGUCGCCCCGAUGUCUCUCCUCGGACAGUGGCAGAGCGAGGCAGAGAACGCUUCCAGGGAAGGAACCCUGAAGUCGAUGGUAUACUAUGGUAAUGAGAAGAGCGCGGAUCUCCCCGCCCUUUGCUGUGAGGCGAACAGUGCAAACGCUCCGGACAUAAUUAUUACCAGUUACGGCGUGGUGCUCUCCGAAUUCAGCCAAAUCGCCUCCAAGAACAACGAUAGGGCCCGCCACCGUGGUCUCUUCUCCCUGAAUUUCUUCCGUGUCAUUUUGGACGAGGCCCACAUCAUCAAAAACCGCCAGUCAAAGACGGCCCGGGCCUGCUAUGAGAUCGCGGCGAGGCAUCGGUGGGUCCUGACGGGUACGCCUAUUGUCAACAAGCUCGAAGAUCUCUUCAGCCUCGUCCGAUUUCUAAGGGUUGAGCCAUGGAGCAAUUUCUCUUUUUGGCGAACCUUCAUUACAGUACCCUUUGAGUCCAAGGACUUUGUGCGCGCAUUGGACGUCGUCCAGACGGUCCUCGAACCUCUGGUCAUGAGGAGGACAAGGGAUAUGAAAACCCCCAACGGAGAGCCCUUGGUGCCCCUGCCUCCAAAGCAGAUCGAGAUUGUGGACGUUGAGCUCUCCGAGGCAGAACGGGAUAUCUACAAUUACAUUUUCACGAAGGCGAAACGGACUUUCCUUGCGAAUGUCGAGGCCGGUACAGUCAUGAAGGCUUUCAACAACAUCUUGGUACAGAUCCUUCGCCUUCGCCAAUCGUGCUGCCAUCCUGUGCUUGUGCGCAAUCAGGACAUCGUGGCUGAGGAGGAAGAAGCCGGUGCCGCUGCCGACGCCGCUGCUGGGCUCGCAGACGAUAUGGACCUUCAAAAUCUGAUUGAGCGUUUCACAGCAGCGACAGACGAUACCCGUGAGUCCCAUGCCUUCGGUGCCCAUGUCCUGGGCCAGAUCAGAGAUGAGGCCGUCAAUGAGUGUCCCAUCUGCGCCGAGGAACCGAUGGUUGAGCAGACGGUCACGGGCUGCUGGCACUCAGCAUGCAAAAAUUGUUUGUUGGACUACAUUAAGCACCAGACGGAUCGCCACGAGGUACCCCGUUGUUUUCAGUGUCGGGAAGUCAUAAACAUCCGCGACUUGUUCGAGGUGGUGCGGUACGACGACGAUCCAGACGCGAUAAGUGCGGAUCAGGAACCACGCAUCGCUCUCCAGCGACUCGGGCUCAACAACUCCUCGGCGAAGAUUGCCGCCUUGGUCAAUCACCUCCGAGAUCUCCGCAGAGAGAAUCCGACCAUCAAAUCGGUUGUCUUCAGCCAAUUCACUUCCUUCCUGUCGCUCAUAGAACCGGCGCUCGCUCGGGCAAAAAUGCAUUUUGUGAGGCUGGAUGGGUCCAUGGCCCAGAAAGCCCGCGCUGCAGUGCUCGACGAGUUUGAGAAGUCCAAGAAAUUCACCGUUCUCCUUCUCAGUCUCAGGGCUGGCGGUGUUGGCCUCAACUUGACGAGUGCCAAGCGGGUCUACAUGAUGGACCCCUGGUGGAGCUUUGCCGUCGAGGCGCAGGCUAUCGACCGAGUCCACCGAAUGGGUCAGGAGGACGAAGUGAAAGUCUACCGCUUCAUUGUGAGGGACAGCGUAGAGCAGAGGAUGCUCAAGGUGCAGGAGCGAAAGAAGUUCAUCGCGACAUCCCUCCUCGUGAUGUCUGAGGAGGAGAAGAAGAUGCAGCGGAUCGAAGACAUCAGGGAACUUCUCAGCUAAUGUAUGUAGCAAGGUCAAGCCAGUGUUGCCACGCCUACCCUGUUCCCUCCUCGGCGGUUGAAGGGUUGGUCGAUGCGGCCUGCUUUUGGUGGAAUGGGGUGUUACUUUGUCUGGGACAAGUGCAUCAAAUACCCAACAUGAGUGAAUGGGAGCACAAGAUCCUUAUAUUAGACGCUCAGUGGUUGGCCGUAUGCGCCUUUCAUCCGCUA